GGCCGUGCUUAGUGGCUUGUCUGUCUAAUUCUUAGCAGUAUGUAUGUAGUGUAAUCACGGUUACCUAAGGCGCAAAGUACCCCUAACGGAUUAAUACGCACGCCGAAGUUUCGUCAUAAGCAGUUGCCUUCGGAUACAUGACCUAGAGCUCUAAGGAAGGUUCAGUAGCUUCCCUGAAGUCGUUCAGGAACUUCCUACAAAAAAAGUCCACUUCAUAUUCUUUUUUAGAUCAUUCACCGUCUCUAAUUUUAUCCUCUUAAACGUCUCUACCCAUCUUCAGUCCCCCCAUCUCUCUUAUCUUUCAGAGAGGUAGGCUAAGUUUCCUAAAAUAACCCCGCCUCGUUAUGUACCGUGGAUUCAACUCUUUUGACGUCGACGAUCCGGCCGCCAUGUCGUACAUGGCCCGAUCCGGAAUGAUGCGCGGCCCGGCCAUGCGCCGUUUCGACGAGUACUUCCGCUGCUACCCGAUUAUCAUGGCCCCCGGAGCCGAGAGACCGGAACUCAACUACGGCUCCAAGAUCUUCCUGCCUCCAUCCGCCCUCCAGAAAAUCUCCCAGUUACACGUUCAGUGGCCCUUGAUGAUGGAGCUGGUAAAUGGCGAGAAGGAGCGCCAGACACACGCGGGUGUGCUAGAGUUCGUGGCGGAGGAAGGCAGAGCAUACAUACCGCAAUGGAUGAUGCAAACGCUACAACUGGACGUCGGCGACAUGAUCCAGAUAAAAUCGACAUCACUGGAGCUGGCUAAGAUGGUUAAGCUGCAACCCCAGUCGACCAACUUCCUCGACAUCAGUGACCCAAAGGCGGUUUUAGAGAAGGCAUUCCGAAACUUUGCUACGUUAACCAAGGGCGACGUGUUCAACUUCGAGUAUAACGACGAGGUUUACGAUGUAGCGGUCUUGGAGGUGAAGCCGGAGACGGAGAAGAUGGGUGUUUGUAUGAUAGAGACCGAUGUUUCGGUCGAGUUCGCACCACCAGUAGGAUAUGUUGAGCCGCAGAAGAGUAGCGGUACUAGUACGCCGAGAAGUACGAGGGGUGGUUUACCCGCUGGCGGGCUCAUGCAUCCCCAAGGCACGAUGGCACAGUCUAUCAACUACGACGCGAUCGCCCCCAAUGCCACAACAGCUGCGACCGGGGCCCGAGCAGUUUCAUCUCAUUUCCUAAACGAGGGUCACAAACUAAGCGCUAAGAAAGGCUCUAAGGCCCCAACGCCGAAACCCUCAACCCCCGUUGCUGGUACUUCUACAAAUGUUGUACCCGUCCCGCGAAGACGCACGAAUGGCCCCAUGCCUCUUCGCCUACCACCCAACAAGCUCUUCUUUGGUUACGAGGUUACACCGGUUAAGACAGACGCAGACAAGGAGGCAGAGAGAGAGAAUGCGAGCAGGCCGCACUUCGCGGGACAGGGCCAGACCCUUAGAGGGGCAGUCAAGCGGAAGGGCGAGGGAGAAGACAAGGGAAAGGCGCCCGAGAAGAGGCCCGACGAAGGACGCCGGCUCGAUGGACGAAAGGCGUGAUGAUGAUAUUGGACUAGGGGUGUACCAGGCGUUUAUGGAGUUUCUAGAUAAUCCUAUGGGCCUGGUAGAUUAAUGCGAUGACUACGAUAUUCCCAUACAUCAUUAACAUUAUCGGGUUACAUCUCUUGAUGGGGUUGUGGGUUGGGCUUUGUUGUAAGCAUCAUGGUCUGAUGCGUAACGGAAAGAAUGUGUUCGCGUGGACUCGCGACGAGGACUAAUCCUAGCCUAAAGAAUAAAGAUAAUCUCAAAAAUCACGCCGACGGGUUGAACUUGAAGGAUAUUAUUCUUGACUCCUUGAUAUGGCCUAAGGGCAUAUUAACUAGAAUUCGAAGAUCGAUAUUCCCAAGUAUUUAUGGCCCAUUUCCU